AUGCCUCUGGUCGUGCCAGUUCUCCGGCUGGCCUACACCUUCCUCAACGUCUUUGAGACUUUCAAGACUCUCCGGCUUCCCCCUCCCUCGGCGCGGAAUGGCGGUCAGCCCAGUCAGAGGGCAAUGGCCGCGCGUAAGCGGUCUAUGAAGGGCGUCAUGACGGUCUGGAUGGUCUGGGCUUGUUUCAUGCUAUAUGAAAGAUGGGUCGAAACCUUUGUUUGGCUCUUCGUCCCAUUCUAUAGCGAAAUCAAGUCGUUGUUCAUCCUCUUCUUCCUCCUCACCCGAGCAAAGGGAGCAGAGCCCGUCUUCUUGCAUGUCAUACGGCCUGUUAUCAAGCCCUACACCGUGCCUUUGGAUGCCCUCUGCGACACCGCUACCUCGUUUGGCGAUCUCGUCAUACUCGUGGCUUUGAUUCCU